UUUUUUUUUUUUUUUUUUUUACUUGCAAUAGUUUAACUUUUACACUAUUUACAUAUCUCACUUUGACUAGAUUGGGCGAUUUAUAGGUUAGGAAAAAUAUAAUCAUGUGAAAUCUUGUUAUACUUAUCUCGAUUUACACUUUCAUAAUAUAAGCAAAAGAAGAAGAAGAGUACUGAACUGAAUGCUCUGCCAAGUGACUGUAUUGGCUUCGCUCAUCUUCGGAUUCUUGAGCUAAUCUCUUUUGAAAUUAAACAUGGUGUAUUCAGUAGUUUGAUCACAAGUUGUCCACGACUUACUUCAUUAACACUUGGGUAUAUCAUUGGUAAUAAUAAUCUAGUUUUUGAACAUGUGCCUAUCCUGGAAGACUUAACUGUUCAUGGCCCUUUUGCGUCGCUGGCUUUCAUAAAUGUUUUUCGUCUCAAGCGCAUUUCACUAUCAUUAUCCUCAAUGGGGAACGCUUCAUACAUAGAAAGAUUAGAAACAGUUAAACGAUUAAGAUCCUUGCAAUUCCGCCAGUUAAGCUUCAAAACCUUGAAUUUGAUGGCACCUUCUAUUAAGUUCUUGGCUGCAGGUUGUAACAACAAACUUACUCAGACAUUUAAUCACCUGCAAAAGCUUUGCCUGACAGAACUCGACUUGGAUGAUUUUAAUGUAUUUCGUUUCACUAUCAGCAUGGUUCAAAAUUGUCCCUAUAUCAAGGAUCUUGAAUUAUCAAUUACUCCGAACAAAAGCAUUCUACAGCACAAAUUUGACUAUGGCAACAAUAACAAGCUUGGACAUCUCGCUAAGGCAAAAAUUACAGGUAUUACUGGGUCAAGUGUGGAGCUCAAAUUGAUUGAAUAUGUGCUUGGUAUCUCAGUUGUGCUGGAAAAAUUGCUGUUGAAGUGUAAUGAUCUUGACUCGACUUCAGAGCUAAAGGUGAUGCGAGAGCUAUUGCAGUUGCCAAGAGCAUCGACAAAGGCAAAAAUUCUUUGUUUCGCGUAAUAGAGGAUCUAGGAAUGACCUUAUGUGUUGUUCUAGAUCUUGUGUUUUGCUAAAUACUAGUAAAUUGUUUGGGGGAAAAAUUGAUAAUUGAGGAGCUUUUGUUGAUUACAUAACAUGAUAUAUUGAAUUCAUAUUUUGCCCCAAACUAAUGAAAAUAGAAACAAAAGAAAGAACAAAGAAAUACUUCACCCGCCUUAUUAUUAUCA